UCAAAAGAGCAUCAAACACACACACACGGUGUGUUGUCUGAGGAACAAAACCCAGAACCAAAACCACUAACCAGAAUCAAAAAACCAAAAAGAAAAGAAAAGAAAAGAAAAAAAACAAUGUUGGCAACACCACCAGAAAUGAUCGUCAAGAACCGGUUCCUAGGGUUCCUCAUAUGGCAGUCCAUUCCCUCCUCUGCCAUCUUCCUCCUCUUCAAAACCUUCAUCUCCACCAUCAGCAGCACUACUUCUACUUCUACUUCUAGUAGUAGUAGAAGCAGAAACCCAUUAAUCACUUAUGCCCCGUCGCUCAUUACCCUCCUCACCUUCUUCACUUUCCACCUCUCACAGCUCCUCUUCUCGGCCUCUCUCUCACUCCUCUCCUCUCCCCACCCCCACCGCCCGGCCUACCCUUUUGAGCUCAUACUCGGCCUCGUCCGCUUUCUUCUUGUCUCGGACUCAUCAUCGGCGUCGGUGCCCGUCGAUUUUCGUCUCCGGGCCAAGGUUUCUCUGAGCUUCGUGUUGUUUGUGGCGGCGUGUGCUGUAUCAGGAAUGCUGGGAAUGGUUUCGAUGUGCUGGGUGAAAUCGAGCGGCUUUGCUGUUGAGUGGGUGAUUCGGGGUUUUGGGGUUGGAUUGCUUUACGGGUUGGUUUAUAUUUAUAAGCGCAGAUGGGUUUUGGAGUUUCCCAUUAUCCAGCGUCCACCCUUCUUCAGCUUCAAGAUGGGGCUCCCUUCAGCUACUACACGCGCUUUCACACUUUCGGGUGUGGCUUACCUUUUUUCAGCUGUUCUAGGAGCAAUUCUCCCAGAUCCCUUUAAGAGCCACGUUACUGUGAGAAAGUACAUUGCUGAGCAGAUCAUCUUUUGGAUUGGGAGUUUUGCAGUGUUUCUAUGCUGGGAAUUAAGUCACCAUUUACAUCGGGUGCUACAUACAAAGAGGUUCACAUUUGCACCACCCAAAGGAUCUGCAGCAGCAGAAACAAAUCCAAGUGAGCAUCUCCUUUCAGCUCUGGAGGAGAGCAACCGAAGUUCUCUUCUACAGUAUCUUGCAUAUCUUGAUCUGUGUAUGGUUUGUGAGAAUAAUGUUGAUACCUGGCGACGAGCUGCCUUUUAUGAAGAAACUGGUGAGACUUACAAAAGAGUCACAGCUGUAUGCUUGAGGCCUCUGGAAGAGCUUGCGUUAAAGUUGGCUGAAGGUUUGGAAAGUAAUGUUGACAAAACCUCUCAACUAUCCAAUCAGUUACUCUCACCUGCUGACUCACGUCUAGAAUCUAAGCAUUGGGAACCACUGAACAACUUCCAGCUAUGUGCAUGGUGUGCCAGGACGGUUGCCUCGCUAACUGCAGGCUCGCAUAAGGAGGACAGGUGUGGGGUUGCUCAGCUCUCUGGUAGUAACGCUGCGGUCAUCUCCACACUGUUGUCUUGCCUCCUCGCUGUCGAGACAUUCAUGGGGAAGAAGACCAACGUUCAGUCCCCCUCACAUUUGAUGGGGCCAGCUGGAAUUAAAUGGGCAACAUUAAGCACAAGAAGAAUAGAAGUUGCAGUGGCUAAAAAGAGAGGUGGGCCUCUACAUUCAAAAGCAUAUGCUGUUGCUGAUGUUUUAAGGACCUCCAUCUACAAUAUUGUGUCUGCUUUCCACGAUGAGAUGCUGAAUAGUGCUAAAGCAGGUCUUCUUGAGAAGGAUUGGAUCAUCAGCGGCAAGCCUCUUUUUGGCUCCCGUGAGCUCCUGCUGCAGAAAUUGCGUCUUUUCCUGGAUUUUCGAGCUAGCUAACUAACUGCUAGUCUGUCUAGGUUUAAGCCACCUUCCUUAUUUUUUUGAACUUUCCUGCAUGGACAGCACAAAUGAAGAGGCAGUUUUGUAUGUUAAUCCAGUGAUGAGCGGAAAUAUAGAUAGAUAAUGUUGGUUUUGCUUGAAAGUAAUAUUCAAGGAAAAUUAUAUAAUACUUGACUUGUGUGUAUUAUCGAGUUCCCAAAUGUUCAGGCUCCA